CCAGUCGCUAGCUAGCUAGUGUAGUUCACCUGUCGCUGUGUGUUUGAUGAAGUGCGGAGCUAAGGGGAGAUGUGGUCCUUUUUCGCUAGGGAUCCCGUGAAAGACUUUGCGUAUGAACUUCUCCCAGACAGCCAAGAAAAGUCCGGAAUAUGGACUCUACACCGGGGAAAGCGAAAGACCACUGGAGAGCCAGUGUCUGUGUUUGUAUACGAGGUGGCUCAGGGCACAGAGCAGCAGACCCAGCUCGCCAAGGCUGCCUUCAAGCGUAUGAAGACCCUGCGUCACCCUAACAUCCUGGCCUAUGUUGAUGGGUUGGAGACAGAGAAGAGCCUCUACCUGGUUACUGAGCAGGUUACACCCCUGGCAGUCCAUCUGAAGGCACGGGCAGAGAAGGGUGGUGUUGGGGAACUGGAGAUCUCAUGGGGACUCCACCAGAUAGUGAAAGCUCUGAGUUUUCUCAUCAAUGACUGCCAUCUGCUCCAUAACAACCUGGGAAUAUGGGCUGUUUUUGUGGAUCGAGCUGGAGAGUGGAAGCUAGGAGCCCUCGACCAUGUGGCCCCUGAGCAGGGAGACCCAAGUGGGGUCUCGCUCCCUGCACCAAAGGCAGUUUACCCAGACAUGGAGAAAUAUGACCCACCAGAGAUGUCUAACAGCAGCGGAGAGAAAUGGGCAGGAGAGGUGUGGCGACUAGGUUGCCUGAUUUGGGAGGUGUUCAACGGGCCGCUGCCACGUACUUCUUCCCUCCGUUCCCUGGGAAAGAUCCCCAAGGUUCUGGUUCCUCAUUACUGUGAGCUGGUUGGAGCCAACCCCCGGACUCGGCCAAACCCUGCCCGCUUUCUCCAGAACUGUAGAGCCCCAGGGGGAUUCCUGAGUAGCAGCUUUGUGGAGAGCAACCUUUUCCUGGAAGAGAUUCAGAUCAAGGAGCCAGCCGAGAAGCAGCAGUUUUUCCAGGAUCUGAGUGACAAUCUCGAUUCUUUCCCUGAAGACUUCUGUAAGCACAAAGUCCUGCCUCAGCUGCUCACCGCCUUUGAGUUUGGCAAUGCAGGCGCUGUCGUCCUCACACCGCUCUUCAAGGUGGGAAAAUUCCUAUCAGCAGAAGAGUACCAACAGAAAAUCAUCCCUGUCAUUGUGAAAAUGUUCUCCUCCACAGACCGAGCUAUGAGGAUACGACUUCUGCAGCAGAUGGAGCAGUUCAUUCAGUAUUUGAAUGAGGCUGCAGUGAAUUCCCAGAUUUUCCCUCAUGUUGUUCACGGCUUCACAGACACAAACCCUGCCAUCAGGGAACAGACUGUGAAGUCUAUGCUGCUGCUGGCUCCGAAGCUAAAUGAGACCAACCUGAACCAGGAACUGAUGCGUCACUUUGCCCGGCUCCAGGCUAGAGACGAACAAGGCCCAAUCCGAUGCAACACUACCGUCUGCCUGGGAAAAAUCGCCUCCUACCUCAACGCUGGGACUCGACAGCGCGUUCUGAUUUCUGCCUUCUCUCGAGCCACAAAGGACCCGUUCCCUGCGUCACGCUCUGCUGGCGUGCUGGGCUUUGCGGCUACACACAACUACUACAGUGUAACGGAGAUUGCUGCCCGUAUCCUGCCCACCCUGUGUGCUGUUACUGUUGACCCCGAUAAGAGCGUCAGGGAUCAGGCUUUCAAAGCCAUAAAGAGUUUCCUUUCCAAACUAGAGACUGUGUCAGAAGACCCCAGCAAGCUAGCUGAGAUCGAAAAGGACGUAGCAUCGUCUGCUCAGCCUGCAGGUGCCUCGUCCAGUUGGGCCGGCUGGGCUGUGACAGGCAUGAGCUCGCUCACUUCUAAGCUGAUCCGCAAUGCUCCAGGGACGGAGGGGGGUACAGGCACUGAGGGAGGCGGACCUGCCGCUAAUGCCACCAGCCCCACUACUCCCCCUAGUGCCAGUGAUGGAACAGCCGCAACAGGUUCUCAAGACAAAAAUCAACAAGCCUCCCUGACUCACCACGGUGCCUCUAGUCGUGCCAACCAAUCACAGACUCUUGAAGUAAGAGACAACAAUGAUGAGCCUGUAGGAGACCGCUGGGAUGAUGAGGAGGACUGGGGAAGUUUGGAGGAGCCAGAGAAAGCUCAGACUGAGCCCGAUGACUGGAACACCGACUGGUCAGGAAUGAGUUCAUCCAAAAAGAAGGCGAGCCGCUCAUCCACCUCCAUGGUGGUGAAAAAGCAGAGCUCCGACUGGAGCUCAGGCUGGGACGCCGAUGACAGCUGGUCCAACGAGAAAGAAGGUCAGGGUCAGAGCUCUGCAGGCGAGGAAGGCUGGGGGAACGACUGGGGGGAGGAGGAGACCGACACAAGCUCGGCCAAUAAAAUGCUGGCCCUGCCCGAAGGUGUGCGGUUAGCCAGCGAGUACAACUGGGACAGCACGACAAAGGGCGCCAGUCAAAACGAUCUGUUCGCCAGCGUGUCCCAGAGAAACACAGCCAGCAUGUCUGCGGCCACGCCUGGAGAUGGCUGGGGCGCAGAGCCGACAGGAGACUGGGGAGCUGAGGAGAGCUGGGAGUCGGUAGAUGGAAGCCAGGGUAAGUCCAACAACGAGGUUACCUUAAUCAGAAAUGAGAUCCUGGAUUGUUCGUACCUCCUUUCAGUCGGGCAUUUUUAG